GACCCGGCCCCCGGUCUGAGAGAAGAAGAGAGAGAGUGAGGGAGUGAGGGAGUGUUUUAAAGCCGGCAGGAGGCAUGAUGUCCUACAUUAAGCAACCCCAUUACGCCGUGAACGGGUUAACGCUGUCCGGCCCGGGCAUGGAUCUGCUCCACUCCGCCGCCGUUGGAUAUCCCAAUACCCCGCGUAAGCAGCGUCGGGAGCGCACCACCUUCACGCGUGCACAGCUGGAUAUCCUGGAAGCUCUGUUUGCCAAAACUCGCUACCCAGACAUCUUCAUGAGAGAGGAGGUGGCCCUCAAGAUCAACCUGCCCGAGUCCCGAGUCCAGGUCUGGUUCAAGAAUCGCCGUGCCAAGUGCCGCCAGCAGCAGCAGCAGAGCACAGGCCAGUCCAAACCACGGCCCCCUAAAAAGAAGGCAUCUCCUGCUCGUGAGGCCAACGCUGAGGCCAGUGCCAACCCCACCAACGGACCCUACAGCCCUCCACCCCCUCCUCCAGGCACCGCCAUCACCCCCAGUUCCAGCUCUGCUAGCGCCACGGUGUCCAUCUGGAGCCCAGCCUCCAUCUCUCCUCUGCCAGACCCCCUGUCUGCCUCCACCACCCCCUGCAUGCAGCGCACCACCACCUACCCCAUGACCUACACCCAGGCCCCAGCCUACAGCCAGAGCUAUGCAGGCUCCUCGUCCUACUUCACUGGCCUGGACUGUAGCUCCUACCUGUCACCCAUGCACCCGCAGCUGUCAGGAACUGGAGGCGCCCUGAGCCCCAUCACAGCCUCCUCGAUGGGUGGACCCCUCAGCCAGUCCCCUGCCUCGCUCUCCUCCCAAGGCUACACAGCUGCCUCGCUGGGCUUCGGAGCUGUCGACUGUCUAGACUACAAGGACCAAGCUGCCUGGAAGCUCAAUUUCAAUGCCACUGACUGUCUGGACUACAAAGACCAGAACUCCUGGAAGUUCCAGGUCUUGUAAAUAUCAAGAAGUGGGGGGUCGGGAGGGAAGGGGUUGGGGAGGAUGUGAGGAAUCGAAUCAAAGUGGGUUGAAUAACCCAAAUUAUUUUUGGUGUGUUUUAGAAGAAGGAAGAGAACUUGGGACACACAAAUAAAUUAAUCAUAUCAGUUUAAGAACUAAUGACAUGAAAUAAUCUCUUCAUAUUUGUUGUUUCAGAAAAAAUAUGUGUGGAAGUAAACUGAUCUGUUGAUGCUUGGCUUGGUGAUUGUAACAAAGAGAUGAAAGUAUAGUAUUUCUAAAAAUCAGGCUUGAAAUCGAGAAAUGGCCGAGGAAAACAAUAUGGCAAUAUCUGUGCAAUAAGAUCACAUGAGUGAGAAAGAACAGCAGCUUUAAUGCUGCAGCUCAGUGGAUCAGAAGAUUGAAAUAGUUGUGAUUUAAAUACAGUACAAGAGAAAACAAAGGAGGCCACUUGGCACAUGUUGAAUGCAUUAAAUCAAUUGCUGACUCAAUAGUUAAUUAAUACGCAUUUUGUACAUUUGGUUCGAUUGAUAGAGCAUAAUUCAGAAACUUUUUAACUGGCCUUUACUUGUAUCAAAUUUGAAACAGUGCUUCUUUUUUUUUAUUGCCACAGCACAACAACAGUUGUACUUUCUGUAACCUAUAAGUUAUUUGCAUCACUAAUAUAGACAGCCUUUAAAUUGAUUAAAGUGUAGAAUAACUGACGAGAGCCCAAGUUUAAUUUCUUCCUUCUAGACAUGUCUUGUAUUUGAUGUCAUGUGUUUCUUUUAUAAAGCUGCUUUUCAUCAGCGAACUGACUCAAAAAGCUUUGAGCCAAACAUUUCAAUUCCCCUAAAUAAGACACCUAAGAGAUGUCUUUACAGGGUGGCCACUAGUUCACGUAAAAACUGUAUAGCAGACAAGCUGAUGAUUCCCAGUAGCCUUGUGUGAUACUGACCCUCUGCAGCCUGUGUGUGAUACAAGCGGAGGGGGUAGAGUUAGUCACUGAAGUGACUGCAGUACAAACCUGUUGCCUUUGAGCAUGGUUGAAAUCAUUAGCAGAAUGGCUCAUACAUUGUUAGUUUAAUAGGAUCAACUCCAGACAAUUUGGGCAACAAUGGUCGCAUUGUGGCUAUUGGCAGCCGAGUACUUUUCCCCCCACUCCAUCUCACAGUGUUUGCAUGAGGUUAGCGGUUGACUGAUUGUUGAAGCAGUUCUUGAAUCUACAAAUGACUUUAUAAUAAACUUUUUUUUUUUUUUUUGCUGAUAAACUGCUCCAGUAAGGUAUUUGAUGGGAGAGAAGACUGCACCAGAGAAAGGGAAGGGACUGGGCCGCCACGCAGCCCCCCUUUGCACAGAGAGUUCGGUGCCUCUCUCAAUUCCAACCUGUAAAGAUGUGAUGGGUACCACUAUAUGUGUUUGAUGUAUCGUUUGAUUUCUUUUUUUGUAUUAGACUUAAACAUUACUAUGUUUCUUUAAAAAAUUGUGGAUUCGUUAAAGUAAAAAUUGUGGUAAUUUGUUUUGAAGUUGAUAUUAUUAUCAGUAUUAUUACUAUCAUCAUUAAUAUUAUGUCUUCAGCUGACAUGGAUAUUGCUAAUAUACUUUUUUGUCGUUCUUUUGUAAAUAUUAAAACGCAAAAAUGCAAUCAUGUCUGGUAUCAGCAAUGUGUUGUUACACAGACGCUCCACCCAACAGAAUCUCUCUCUUUCUUAAUUUCUAGAAAACUGCCAACUUUUUAUUUUUUUUCUGUUUGUAUUUUUCUGGUUUCUGCUUCUUUUUUUUUCAAACUCAGGGGUUUAUCCAAUAAAAGUAGCAGUAAUAGGAUACAAUGCUGUUUAUGCUUCUUAAUCAUUUACUGUACUUUUAUCUUUUGCAUUAUUAUAAUCUUCUCUGCUUUUUUUCUGACAUGAAUGAAUCUUCUUAUUUUGUAUAUUUCAUUUGUCUCCUGUGUUUGACCAG